CCUUUGGGCACCAGGCAGAAUUCCACUGUGACCAUGGCUACGUGCUGAAGGGCAGCCAGAGGACCCAGUGCUCGUCUGAUGGGACGUGGAGACCCCCCAUCCCAUACUGUGACAGGGUCUGUGAUCCCCCUCCCAAAAUCACCAAUGGGCAGCACUCUGCCUUGGGGACUAAGCAGUUCCCAUAUGGCUUUGAAGUCAAGUACACCUGCAUGGAGGGUCUGUCCCUCAUUGGGGACGAGUCCAUCUACUGCACCUCUGACAACGGGGAGAACCUGACGUGGAGUGGAGCUGCCCCGAGUGCAGGGUGGUUCGGUGCCCCAAGCCCGUGGUCCAGAGGGGAAGUGACCCCCCAAGGUUCACCUUUCCCUAUGGGGUGGUGCUGCAGUUCUCCUGUGAUGAAGGCUUUGGAUGAGUGGUGCUCCAGAGAGUCAGUGCCAGGCUGAUGGCAGCUGGCACCCUCCUGUGCCCACCUGCCAGCCAGUUCUGUGUCCACAACCACGGGUGGCCUAUGGAAGGCUGAAAAGCCCUUUGGAUGAUAAAACGUGGUACCAGAUCAAUGAGACUGUUACUUUGGGAUGUGCCCCCGGGUACCAGUUUUCAGAUGAUGGGAACCUGUCUUCAGAAGACUCCUGGACAGCCACAUGCCUGCCUGAUGGCAACUGGACACCGUUGCCCAAGUGUAAGAAAGAAGGUGAUGCUGAUGUAUGUGAAGAGGUUCACUACAUUAAAUCGGCCUUUGAGUGCGGGCUGCCUGUAGCAGAAGUGAAAGCUCUGCUGGAAAUCCAAAAACUGUUUCUGGAGAUUAAAAAACUAGAGGUGGAACUAGAAAAGUAGAGCAAAACUGGAGUCCUGUAAUGCACUGUAACAACCACGUUUCCUUCGGUGAACACAGACUUUGUGCAGUCACAGUAUCUAUAAAAAGGCUCUGGAUGAUUUUAUGGUUUACUUUUGCAUACCCAGAGCCAGAAAAAUCACCACCAAUGCACGGGCAGUUGCUUUUAUCGCUAGAUCCCAGAGCAGGGAGUGGUUUUUACUCUUUCCUUUAAAUCUGACAAGCUUGAUUUGCUCUUUAAUACGUUGUUUCGUGUUUUAUAUUAGGCAGCAUAGCAAGAAAUUAAAUUGAGCUUCUUUAAGUCGCUGUGUCAACUGUGAUAAGCUGAGAUAAGGGGGAGUGAAGUCUGCAGAAGCUGAGAUGAGUGUCCAGAGGUUGUCUCUGAAGGUGCUUUUGCUGGAAUCUGCUGGUGUGGCUUGUGUGCACCCUGCACCCUCUGCAUUAGGGGUGCUAGAAAUAGUGGUGAAGUAAGUGUUCAACUGCAUGAUUUCCUGUUAGUCCAGCUGAUUUCUAUUCAGCUAGUUGAGGGCAGUUUGUAAGAAGGACAUGUUAUCCCUGGACUUAAAACAGGCAACAGGUUUCUGGCCUUGUGUUGGUGUCAUCUUCCACAUCCCUAUUUCUGGCACGUGAAUGCUAAGAAUAGAUGUGAUAAGUUCAAGUGCAGAGAAUUAGGCAGCAAAGAUUGUUCCUGUUCCUCAAUAACACUGA